AUGGGUUCGUUACUCCCAGUUAAGCCAACAAGUGGGCAGAGUACUAGUGUCAAUUCACCUCAGCAUCGAGGCUGGUGGGCUAGAUCAUGGCCUCUCGCUCUUUUAGUUGCGCUAGGGUCGACAUGGCUUCGACCUCAAACCCAUUCAUUAGACUAUGCAGUCUGUUCUGCGAACAGCAAAAUCUACACGGUCGACUCGGAUAUUCCGAAUAUCCAGUGCAUCGUCGUGCACGAUACUCUCAUCGUAGACACAGGUGAUAUAGAGGACAUAACCACGCGUUGGAGGAAACAACGGCUGUCAGAGAUCUCAAGCGUCAUCCAGUUACCUUGGCCAUUCAAUUUUCUCGAUCCGUCUUUGAGAGUGAUAACCAUUCAACCUGAUAGUAUCGUAGUUCCCGGGCUGAGUGAUGCCCAUGCUCAUAUGUUGCAGUAUGGUUUUAAGAUGGAUCUCAACUUGGAGGACUGUGCCUCUGUAGAUGAGGUCUUGAGCUACUUAAAAGCUUAUGUUAUAUCGCACCCUGACAUUCUACGUGAUCCAACUCGAUGGAUAGAGGGCAUGGGAUGGGACCAGAAUAAAUGGCCUGGAGCGCAAUAUCCUCAUGCUGAUGACUUUGACAGGGAACCACUCCUUCGGGGUCGCCGGAUAUCCCUUGCUCGCAUAGAUGUCCACGCUUCCUGGGUGUCCAACCGCGUGCUGCAACUUAUGGGACCUCUCCCGGAGGACGUCGAUGGUGGGCUCAUUAUUCGCGAUGACCAUGGAAAACCCACCGGAUUAUUCAUUGACAAUGCUAUGGAGCUCAUUCCCUCACAACCAUUCAACGAGGCCCGCGCGAUGGAGUACUUUACCCGCGCUACUACUGACGCGCUCGCAGUGGGUCUGACUAGCGUGCACGACGCAAUGUCGGUCCCAGAAGAAAUACAAUUUUAUAAGAAACUUUCAGAGACUCAGAAGCUGCCUCUGCGAUUCUAUCUCAUGGGCAGUGUGAACUCCGAUGACUAUUGGGGAAACCAGAUCCCAAGACUGAUCCAGCAUGGUGUUGGUGGACGGUUGACAGUGCGCAGCGUCAAACUUUUCACGGAUGGUGCCCUUGGUUCGUUUGGCGCUGCGCUCCUUGAGCCUUACAGUGAUAAUCCGUCAACAAGCGGUAUCAUGCGGGUGCAGCCCGAAGCGCUUGCGAAGUUUGUACGGGAGUUUUCGACAGAUGGUUGGCAGGUUAACAUCCACUGCAUUGGGGACCGGGCCAAUCACGUCGUACUUGACAUCUAUGAGGAUAUGCUCGCCGACAACACUUCGUUUUCUAUAGACACCUUGCGACCUCGUAUUGAGCAUGCGCAGAUCUUGACGCAUGAUGAUCUGAAGCGGACUGGAAAGUUAGGCGUGAUACUUAGUGUCCAACCGACCCAUGCGACGAGCGACAUGUGGUACGCCGAGGAUCGUCUGGGUCCAAAGAGAAUCCAAGGCGCGUAUGCGUAUCGAACUCAGCUCGAUGUGUCUCCAAAAAAAGUAUUGCCCCUCGGCUCUGACUUCCCUGUCGAGGGCAUCAACCCUCUUCUUGGUUUCUACGCCGCAAUUUCACGCCUCUCCGUAAAAGGCGACUCGCCUCAUGGUCCUGGAGGAUGGUACCCAUCCGAACGCCUCACACGUACUGAAGCACUCAAAGGCAUGACGCUCGACGCUGCCUAUGCGUCUUUCUCUGAGGAUAUCCUUGGCUCAUUAUCAAUCGGGAAGAAAGCUGAUUUCAUCGUACUGGAUCGUGAUAUUAUGACGGUGCCCAUGGAGGAGAUUUUAGGUGCCAGAGUGACAGCAACAGUCAUCGAUGGGGAAGUCGAGUACGGGAAUCUAUGA